AUGUUGGCUUUCAGAAAUUGGGAAUUGUAUGAAUAUCCAUCGUUACCAGAAAAUACUAAUCAUCAUAUUUGGAAUGUAAAAACAACAACUCAAUUAGAAAAACCGCUUUACAUUAUUUUUGCUCUACAAACAGAUAAACUUGACCAAAUAACGAAGGACCCAUCGAAAUUUGAUCAUUGUAAUAUAACUGAUCUAAAAGUUUACCUUAAUUCAGAAUCCUAUCCGUAUGAAGACAUGAAUUUAUCAUUUGAAAGAAAUCGUUAUGGUAUUGCUUAUGAUGAGUACACAAGGUUUCGAAGUAGUUAUUACAAUUAUCCUAUAUCUGAACCUCUAUUAAUAUUAAAUGAAUUCAAAGAAAAAGCUAUGAUUUUGAUAAUAGAUACUCGUUAUCAAAAUGAAAAUCUAAAAAUGGGGCCGGUUGAUGUUCGAAUUGAAAUGAAAAGUUCAGCUGCAAUACCCGAUAAAACAACAGCUUACUGUCUUAUACUACACGAUAGAUUAGUAGAAUUCACGCCUUUGACUGGUGAAGUUAAUAAAAUCGUUUAA